AUGGCGACUAAAAAUUCGACUAAAACAGAAAAUAAUGCACCUGACGAUAAUAUCAAACGAAUGGGUCAAACUAUAUUACGUGCAAAAACAGUACUUAUUAAACCUUAUUCAAAAUAUACUGAAGAAGGUCUUCGUCCGAGAACACCUAAUCAACCGUAUACGCGUUUAACAAGCGAACAAGUAUCAAAUAUUGAACGUACAGUUAGUCCAGUAUUUUUUCAUAAAGCUCCCAUAACAACAGCAACAGGAGCUUUUCGACGUUUUCGUCAGCGUCAAACAGAUUCCUAUCCAAUGAGCCAUUUACGUACAGGUGGUCACGUUGGUGGUGGUACUGAAUAUACAUAUGUGACCGCACAACCCUACACAUCAAAGCUACCCGAUGAAUAUAAUGGCUGUGAAGAAAAUGGUUUUCCAAAAUGGUAUCCAAAUCGAGCUGGUGAACGAACGCUAGGACAUUUACGCAACGGUGAACCCGUUGAAAGAUUUGUUUCAAUUGAUAUGUUUCGUCGUGCACCAACAGCACGUUCAGGUCAAAUUAUUUUUGAUCAUGGACGACCAAAUGAUGGAUAUUAUUUACAAAGAUAUGGAUAUGAUACAACAUGGUUUCAUUCUGACCUUAAUUUAAAUCGUCAUAAUAUACUUGAUUCAAUUGAAAUGAAAACAACUGCUGACUAUGAACAAAAGCAAGUAGAACAACAAGAGCAAUAUCGAAAAGCAAACGAUAUAUGGCCACAUUUAUCUGAGUAUAGUGAUCAAUUUGUAUUGAAAACAAAAGCUGAACAAAAAGCAAAAACAGAUUUGGAACAUGCCAAACAACACAUUGCACAAAACCCAGCACGUCUCUCAUCAUUGCACAAUCAAAUAGCAGCAAGAACUGUUGCUCAAGGUCGAACACUUAUUAAUGAGUCAUCAGUCGCAGUUCAAUGUUAA